AUGAACGAUUACGUCCCUGGCGCGUUAUCCCAGUCGUUUCUGGGGAUCAAAAAUAACAAGAAAAAUAAUCAUAGCUCGCUUAUUGAUGCAGGGCUUGAUGCGUUGUUUAAGAGCAGUGCAGGUCCUUGUCAGAUACCACCACCACAAUCACCAUCAAUAACUCUCAAAAAUGAAGUGGCAUCUGAUCAUAAUAAUAUUUCUGAUAAACUUAAUAGUAAGAACAACGCAAUCACCAAAAAUCGGAAAGAGAUCAAUCGUAUUGAUAAAGAUAGAAAGAAUGAAUCAUUAGCAAAAAAGAAGACUCGAAACCAUACUAAUAAUAUUAGUAACACUAGGCGCAGUAAAGUGGAUUUAACUAUCGAAGAGAAAUACGAGUCGACAAGAUUGAAAAAACAAAAUGAUCAACAUAGAAAUAUUAAUUUUGACAAGGAGAAAGAGACAGAAAAAGAACAUAAUGACGAGGAUAAUGUUAGUCAAGAAGAAAGUAGUGAGGAUGUUAAUACCCAAAUAAAUAAUAACGAAAAAAAAGAUGUAGCAGAAGAUGAUUCUGAUAACGAUGAUGACGAUAGCUCAAUUAAGAAAAAAGAAGCCGAAGAAAAAGAAAAAACUAUUUUUGUUGGUAAUUUACCUGUGAGCGUAAUUGAAAAGCACAAUUAUCGGGUCUUGAAAAAGAAAUUUUCAGAGUUUGGCAAAAUUUUGAGUAUUCGAUUUCGAUCUAUAGCAUUUUCAGAACCAUUACCACGAAAAAUAGCAUUCAAAUUAGGAAAAUUACAUCCAGAGCGAGACAUUCUAAAUGCUUAUGUUGUCUACCAAGAAAAAGAAUCAACAGUAAAUGCGUUAUCUAUGAAUGCGCAAUUAUUUCUUGAUAAACAUCUACGCGUGGAUUCUGUGGCAAAUCCAAAGACAUACGACCGAAAAAGGACAAUCUUUAUUGGCGCAUUAGCAUUCGACGCGCAAGAAGAACAAUUAUGGCAUCAUUUCAAAGAUUGUGGCGAGAUUGAAAGUGUGAGAAUUGUUCGUGAUAAGAAAACUAAUGUUGGAAAAGGGUUUGCGUAUGUUCAAUUUAAGGAACGUGCAUCAGUCAGCCUAUCACUAAACCUUCACCUCUCGAAAAUCGGUACCCGUACAAUUCGUGUCACUAGAUACUCUUCCAUCAGCCCUAAUAAUAAUAAUAUCACAAAAAACAAACAUAAACUCAUAAAAAGAAAAGGAGGAAAAGAAGUCGGAAGAGGUGGUGGUGUAAAUUCGCAUAAAAAAUCCGGAAUCUAUAAGCCUAAAACCAAAAGACCACCAAGAAUUCGGGAGAGAACUGUAGCCUGGAAAAAAACUAACAUAAAAGGAAAGAAUAAAUGA